GAGUACUCCCAGCAGAGCGGAUUUGUUCCUCCCGACAUGAUGCAGCAGCAGCCUUACACAGGGCAGAUUUACCAGCCGACACAGACGUACACUCCAACUUCAGCACAGUCUUUUUAUGGAAGUAAUUUUGAGGAUGAGCCUCCUCUAUUAGAAGAAUUGGGGAUCAAUUUCGACCACAUCUGGCAGAAGACCCUAACGGUGCUGCACCCUCUGAAAGUAGCAGAUGGCAGCAUCAUGAAUGAGACUGACUUGGCCGGACCGAUGGUCUUCUGCCUGGCUUUUGGAGCCACGUUAUUGCUGGCUGGAAAAAUUCAGUUUGGUUACGUGUACGGCAUCAGUGCCAUCGGAUGUUUAGGGAUGUUUUGUCUCCUCAACUUAAUGAGCAUGACGGGUGUGUCGUUCGGCUGCGUUGCCAGUGUCCUCGGAUACUGUCUUCUUCCUAUGAUCCUGCUUUCCACUUUCGCCAUCGUGUUUUCGUUGCAGGGAAUGACGGGAAUUAUUCUCACGGCUGGAAUCAUCGGCUGGUGCAGCUUUUCUGCUUCCAAAAUCUUUAUUUCUGCCUUAGCAAUGGAAGGACAACAACUUCUAGUAGCAUACCCCUGUGCUUUACUGUACGGAGUCUUUGCUCUCAUUUCCGUGUUUUGAAAGGACUGUCCCAGCGCUUGGACUCUGGGCCAAAACGAAACCGUCAACCUGGAACGUUUAGUUGGGCCAGAAGCAGCUGCAGACAGCUGUGUCGUGUUGCUGUCACCAACCCUACACCUGUUUUGAAUCAGCUGGA